AUGGUCUCCGAUUCGGAGCGUAGUGCGUCCUUUGAUCCGUUCGAUGGUGCCGAGAAGGAUGAAGCAACGCAGGUGCGGAUCAAGUGGUGGUCGGAUCAUGUGGAUCAAGUGUUAGAGUCAAAUCGAAGCCCCUUUGUGGCUGCUGAAAUUUUGUUGCAGCAGAUGGGGGAAUAUGAAGCCUCUGAAGGUAUCAAGGAAGAGCUUCUUCUUGCAACUGUUUUACCUGUUCUUCAUCGUUGUGCGGCUUUCUUGGGCACAUAUGGAGAUCUCCUGCAAAAGGCACUCCAUGAAGUUGUACCGGCGAUAAUGUUCACGAGAACUCAAGCCUUGAGUCAUGGCGAAGUGAUCCAACGAAGAUCUUAUGCGGAGUGUUUUGCAUGUAUCCGACAGAAGUUCGAUUACCAUGUUAGUCUUGCCUCUUCUUUGCAGCGUCGUGCUGCUCUUGAAGAAGACGUGAUGAGGCGCGUUGUUUGCAAAUUAGACAAAUUAUGGGUAAAGAUGUGCUUUAGGGCUUGGAAGGCCCUCUGUAAUCAUGUGAAUGCGAAGAAGAGGGGCUUCCAACGUCUUGCGACGAGGGGAGCGGUGCUACGGGUUGUCCCUGGUCUUGUCAAGAGUUGGCGACGCUACGCACACGAAGUCACGCUGCACGAAAAACUCUCGAAACAUGGUGCGCUGACGAAGGAAUUAGAAACUCUGUAUCUCCUCGAGCAGGCGGCAAAGAGUCGUCAUGAGCGUAUCCUUGAAGAAGUCAGAGAGAAGAAUCGGCUACUUGAAGCGAUAACAGAACGUUCGUUAGAGACGGAAAACCGGUUAAGGGUACUCGAAGGCAUUUUAGACGAAAAUAAUCUCUCCUUACAGGCUCACUGGAAAAGCUGGAAUGAGACUGCUACCAACUUGUUCUGUGACACCCACGAAUCCCAGCCUCCCGUUAUUGGUAAUCUUCGUUCAGAUGUGCAAUCUACAUUCCAAAACAUCACAGAUACGGCGAUGCUUUACUUGAAAGAGGCACAGAGGCGUACAUGGAAGUUAAGUAAGAAUACUAUUUGCCAGUUUAUUGCCAAAGCGAAACUGGGCCCUGAACUGACGGAGCGGAUGGGAGCUGACGAACUGAUUGCUGCGGUAGCCCAUGUUUGCCAGUCAGUUGCAUCUCCCUUGAGAAUCCUCGAUGUUGUUCGUGACGACCAACAGAAGUACGAUUUAACUCUGAAGUUUUUGUCUUGCAUUAACGAUGGUGGUCAUUGCUCACUGUUCACGCAACACCAGUUCCGUUCUGAGGAUGAAACUUUGGCUGAUGCCUGUAAAGAGCAUGGUAAAAAUAUGGUUGCACAUGUUACCGCAGGUAUUGAUUCACUCCACUGUUGCCCGGAGACAAAUGAGAAAUAUCUUUCUGCCAUACAAAAUUGCUUAGCGGCUGAAGAGCUUACUCAAGUGCAUGAUUAUUUGGGUAGGGUUUUCUGUGAGCUCGCGGCAACUGGGCUCCCUCUAAACAGAGAAAAAAUUGAAGGGUGUGUUGAUACCAUUUUUGAGCCACAAGAUCGUCAAGUAGUGCGCGCGCUAUAUCCUUCACAGGGUAUUACAUGUGCUUCAGACAUGAUCAACUACCUUUCCAAGGUAUCACAGUUCAGUACAUGGUCGAUAACCAGCUUGGUGGAGCAUAUAGAAAAUCAUUACGAUGCCGAUCCAAAGGAAGACCUUUUCUCUGCACUUUACGAUGAGGACGUUAUGAACUACUUCAGUGAGCACGGAAACGUUCUCACUGGCAUCUUCACAAGGUUCAAAGAGAAGAGAUUUCCUAUGCUUCUUUCAAAGGAAGUGUUGAAGCCUUUCUUGCUUCGAAAAUUAGGUGUACUUGGUGACGAAGUCGAGACCUUAUUCCAAUUAGGUGCGGUGCCGGGAAAGAUAUCCAAAGAUGAGUUCAACAACUUUUUGCUUGCACUUGCUGCAAUUGUCAACCCCUCUCCUUUUGUCUCAAUUUCCAGAAAGCUUUCUGAUGUGGUUGAGCUAUGUACAGGUGGAGACUGA